AUGGCAAAUCAAAAGCCUUCCAAGAAGCAGCAGCUUGCCAAAGGUGACUUGUCGAACGAGGAUGACGCCUAUGAUGCUGUUUUUAGUGGGGAGUUUGGUUCUAUGGAAGUUGGUAACUUUGUAGGGUCAAACGAUGGGCAAACGGAGCAUCUACCAGACGCAGUAGAUUUCGAAGAUGAGGAUGAACUAGCAGAUGAGGAAUUGCCUGAGGAAACGCAGUCUACUAGCAACAGAAACUCAUCUCAUCCUGAUGGUGACGAUGAUUAUUUGGCCAUGAUGAGCGGUCAAGGUGCUAUUUUGGGCGACAAUGCCGGGGUAUAUGACGAUAGAAGUAAUACAUUGUUCUUGGGGGUUGAAGGACAGGAAGGACCGUACACCGAGGAGCAUCAUGUGUUUGAGGAUUUCGCAGACGAACAUCAAGUGGCUUUAGAAGAACAACGUAAAGUAGAGGAGCUCAAAAGGGCGUCCCAUGAGAAAAAAGAAUUGCUAGCAUUUCAUUUCCCCAAGUUUCAAAAGGGAAAAUCUUUAAGUCUGCUCAGCAUUGUACCGAAGCAACUUACCCAGUACCAGUGGCAACGAGACCUAUAUCUUACGAACAGAAACUUGAGACCACUUAUCCCGUUAAAACUUCGACUAGAAGUACAGCCCGACUCCCGCAAAAUGUUGAAAGCCAAAAGUAAAAGUUGGCAAGUCAUGGCACAACUUCAGAAACGUAAGAAACCAGGUCUGAUAUCGGUCCCUUUAGGUGAUAUGUAUGGUGACCAAACUCAAAAUACAAAGCGCCGUAAGUCUGAUGGACCUAUACCAGAAGAAUUGAUGAUGAUUGCCGACGAAUGGGAAUACGACAAGAUACUAGGUGAAUAUAGCAGCGAUACCAAUCCGGCUCCUUUGAAUUCAGAAGUGUUAUCAAGUUCAAGGGUUGUGACAUCUCACCAGGACUGGAAUUGGGAUGAGGAAAAUCUAAUAGAGGGUAAAGUUGAUCAGAGUAAGAUUUGUUUGGAUAUGAAUGACGAAAAUCUGUUGUUUGUUAAAGACAAGCAUCGCGAGAGUAAAGAUGCUAAUGCUAAAGUGGCUCUUUUUGCGUUCAAUGAGAAAGCUCUUCUUCAAAAGUUCAACAUUUCAAAUGACGACAAGUAUAAAAUACUGAAAGAGAACUAUCAAACUAAAAUCCGUUCAACUAUUUCCAAUCUUACAAUCGAGCAUUCCCAACCAGCACUCAGGCUACAAUCUCCAUUUUAUAAGGUGGUACCGCCCAAGCCUCAAAUACGAAAUUUCCACAAGCCAAACUUUGGUUGUUUAAUUAGGCCUGGCACUAACAUCGUCUUCAGUAAGAUCAAGACAAGAAAGAGAAAGAAAGACAAGGGCAAAGACGUACGUGAACUGUUUGCAAGAAGUCAAGACUUGACUUUAGGAGACAGUGCCUCGAUCUUUUUGAUGGAGUACUCAGAGGAAGCCCCCGUUGCGUUGUCAAAGUUUGGUAUGGGUAAUAAGCUUAUCAACUACUAUCGCAAAACGGAUGACAAGGAUGCUUCAAGACCAAAGUUACCAGUUGGGGAAACUCAUGUUCUUGGCGUUCAAGAUAAAUCACCAUUUUGGAACUUUGGGUUCGUAGAACCUGGAAACAUUGUUCCGACGCUGUACAAUAACAUGGUAAGAGCUCCUGUAUUCAAACACGAAGUUUCUGGCACCGAUUUUCUUUUGAUAAGAAGCACAGGAAAUGGGAUGGGAAACAGGUUUUACCUAAAGAAUAUCAAUCAUUUGUUCAACGUGGGUCAAACAUUCCCUGUAGUUGAGGUUCCAGGUCCGAACUCAAGGAGAGUUACGUCUAUGGGCAAAAACAGGCUGCGCAUGAUAGUUUACAGAAUUCUGAACAAAUCAAUUGAGCACAGACUUCUCGUCAAACAAGUUGCAAGACACUUCCCAGACCAAAACGAUAUGCAGAAUCGACAGAGAUUAAAGGAGUUUAUGAAGUAUCAGCGAGAUGGUGACGAUCACGGUUUCUGGAAACUGAAAGAGUCGGAGCUUUUGCCGGACAAUGAAAAUGUGAAGAAAAUGAUUAUUCCGGAGGAUGUAUCCCUUACUGAGUCUAUGUAUCAUGGACAACAAUAUCAAGAGGAUAAUGAGCUUUAUAACUUUGACGAAAAGCUUCGUAAACUUGAGGAAAAUCUCAUUCCGUGGGCUGCAACUAAGAAUUUUUUGAACGCUACUCAAAUGCGCGCAAUGGUUCAAAUUCAUGGUGCUGGUGAUCCAACUGGGUGUGGAGAGGGCUUCUCUUUUUUGAAAACUUCUAUGAAAGGUGGCUUUACCAGAUCAGGUUCGGAGCUUGGACAACAGCAGAUUGCUGGUGGCCAUAGUUACAAUGUAGCGCAGCAACAAAAAGCAUACGAGGAGGAGAUCAGUAAAACCUGGUAUACUCAAGCGAAGAGCUUAAGGAUUUCCAACCCAUUUGAGGAAAUGGAAAAUCCAGAUGAAGUCAACAAGACAAAUAGGCGGGUUAAGUCCCACCGAGACGAUCACAAAGUUUUGAGAAUAAUAAGAAAGAAGCGAGACGAAAACGGUAUUAUACAAAGACAAACCGUGGUAAUCAAGGAUCCCCGUGUUAUCCAAGGUUACAUUAAGGCUUACGAUCGAAAGCGGGAAGAAGCGGAAGCUAAUCUCGGACUGGAUGAGCUAAUGAAUGACAAUAUUGAUCUUGUGAGCGGCGAAAAUACGGAGGAAAAGCAACUUAAACAGAAGAAGCUUCUGGAGGAACAGUUGGCCAAACUACAAAAGUCGCAGGAAAGGAGGCAAGCUCGUAAAUUGGCUAAAGAGAAGACCAAGGACGGCAAAGUCACCAAGUCCAAGAACACAAAUCGAAGAUGUGCUACUUGUGGUAUGAUCGGACAUAUUAGAACUAACAAGUCCUGCCCGAUGUAUAACGGCGGAACCAGCACCGGCAUGGGCGGCUCGAACACGCCCGGACCCCCUCUCUCUUCCGGUCCCGAGGAGCCUGCGGAAGUCAAGACUGAAAAUUAG